AUGCUGAAAAACCUUCCCUGGCCGCGGAAAACCGCGGGGCAGGGCGUUCGUGUGGCUGAAAUCGCCCAAGACCUGGCUGCGAAUAAUCGGGGCCUCUUUGCACCUCCGUACGGCCCGCUGGAAAUCCAAGUGGAAAUCCAAGGAGCAGAGCUGUCUUCACGAGGGACGGAACCCUUUUCUCUAGAGAGCGAAGGCGCUCUUCGGGAGCAUCUCUCCAUUUACCACCAUCAUGCGGAUGUGGACUCCCCAAGCGACGGCGACAAUAAUAUUCAGAACGAAGAAAUCAAGGCUUCCAUAUUUCUCAUAAAGCCAACGUAUGGCUGGGGCCCUCUGAAAAUUACUCGCGAUGGAAUGCUAAGCCUUCUAUCCGCGCUGGACGUUUCCCCGAGUAUUUAUCGAUACCUCACCGCUUUUGGAAGGAAAUCUUCUCCCAUAGAUGAGGGUUUUGCUGGCUUCGACUUGGAGGUCACCUCAGAGCCGUCAGGGGGGUUAGCAUCGCUUGAGUUCUGCUACCUUCUCAAGUACGUAUCUCGACGAGAGAAUGCCUCCUCAAAGGCGAAUCCGUGGUCCAUACGUCAUGCUCUCAUUCAUCAGAAGAUCGACCUCGCGUCAAACCGUGUCUCAAACAUCCUAGUGAGGCUUCCUGAGAAGGUCAAAGAACAAUUGAGCACUAUAGUCAAAGACAACGGCAUGGCUGAAUUCGCUCGAGAUUGGACUUGGCUUCAUGCAGCUUGCUUCAGCAGCGUGGACAAUGACUUGCGCCAGUUCAUCAACUACCUAGACCAAGAAAUCACAAAAGUUUUCGAUCGAGUUAUCAUGUCUAACAUGGAGCCUACCAAACUCAACGAGUUUGACUCCGUUCAACAAACGAGCAAAGACCUGAAGACACUUCAAAGCCUCUCUGAUCAGGCAAGAAGGCUCAUGAACACCAUUGAUCUAAACAUCGAAACCAUCAAAUGCAUGCUGAAAGAGGUAAAUGGCUUGAGAGUACUCUCACUCGACUCGCCGCAUUGCGCUCCAGUCGAAAUGCUCUUUAACCUUUUGGAGAAGACGCAGCAGGAGCACAGGUUCAGCCUUAAGAACGCAUCAGCUGUGCUGGAUCGUGCGAGAGCUACAUCGGAGCAGCUCCGAGACACUGCCUCUUUGAGGAACAGUGAAAUCAGCAAAAUGAGCUCAGAAAUGACGAACUUAAACACCCUGGCAAUUGCCAGGUUGGCAGAGCAGUCUAGCCGCGAGACUCACAUCGUCAAGACCCUCACAGUUCUUGCGCUAAUCUUCGUACCCGCUUCUUUUGUCGCAGAUUUCCUACAGAUGGGGUUUAUCACAAUAACAGAGGAGAGUCCUAUGAGAUGGAGUGCUGCUGCCGACUUGAAGAUCUACGCCAUCUUGGCUCUUCCGUUGAUCGGGGUUACUAUGCUCAUCUAUGGAUGCGUGGAGAUGAUGCAACGAACAUCAGCAAAAGGAUGA